AUGGCCUGGGAACACCUCGACAUCACCAAGCCGCACUUGGUCUACAUCAUCCUCGGCGGCUUCACCUCCCUCUUCAUGCUCUGCUCCUCCUUCAUCAAGGAGCGCAUGUACAUUGGCGAGGCCACCGUCGCCACCCUCUGCGGCGUCAUCUUCGGUCCCCAUGCCGCCAACCUCAUCAACCCCAACGAAUGGGGCUCCGUCGACAUUGUCACCGUUGAAUUCUCCCGCAUCGUCCUCGUCGUCCAGUGCUUCGCCGUCGGCGUCGAACUGCCCAAGUACUACAUGGAGCGCCACUGGAAGUCCGUCAUCUUCCUCCUCCUCCCCGUCAUGACCGUCGGCUGGCUCAUGACCUCCCUCUUCAUCUGGUGGAUGGUCCCCGUCCUCUCCUGGCUCGAAUCUCUCGUCGUCGCCGCCUGCGUCACCGCCACCGAUCCCGUUCUCGCUUCCUCCGUUGUUGGCAAGGGUAAGUUCGCCAAGCGCGUCCCGAAGCAUCUCCGAGAUCUCCUCUCCGCCGAGUCCGGCUGCAACGACGGCAUGGCCUUUCCCUUCAUCUACCUCGCACUCUACCUCAUCCAGUACCACCGCGACGCAGGCGAGGUCACUUUUCACUUCAUUGUCUACGUCAUCCUCUACGAAUGCAUCUUUGGUGCCGUCUUCGGUUUCAUGAUUGGCUACAUUGCUCGCCAUGGCAUCCGUUUUGCCGAAAAGUACGACCUCAUCGACCGCGAGAGUUUUCUCGUCUUCUACUUUGUCGUUGCCCUCUUUUGCGCCGGCUCGGGUAGCAUCCUUGGCGUCGACGACUUGCUCGUCGGUUUCGCCGCCGGUGUCGGCUUCUCCAACGACGGUUGGUUCGGCGAAAAGACCGAGGAGUCCCACGUGUCCAACGUUAUUGAUUUGCUGAUAAAUUUGGCCUAUUUUGUCUACUUUGGCACCAUCAUUCCCUGGGAGCAGUACAACUCUGGCUACUUUGGCCUCACCGCCUGGCGCCUCGUCGUUAUUGCCAUUUUUGUCCUGCUCUUCCGCCGCAUUCCCAUCAUGCUCGCUCUAAAACCUCUAAUACCCGACGUGCGAAAUUGGCGAGAGGCGCUAUUCGCUGGCCAUUUCGGCCCGAUUGGCGUCGGCGCCAUCUUUGUCGCCAUUCUCGCCCGCGCCGAGCUCGAACACGGGGAACCCGUCCCCCUGUCGCAGAUGCCAGAUCCGGACUCGGAAAACUAUGCGUUAAUCUACCUCGUCUGGCCCAUUGUGACUUUCCUCGUCAUCUCCUCUAUCCUGAUUCACGGCUCUUCCGUCGCCGUAUUCACCCUCGGCAAGCGCAUCAACACACUGUCUCUCACCAUGUCCUACACUGCCGCCCCCGAGGAUGGCCCUUCUUGGAUGAACCGACUGCCCCGAAUCUCGUCGCAAUCUCGCUCCCAGGCCAAGACCAUGUCCGAAGCCUCUUUCGAUCUCAAGGAUCCCCAGUAUCCCGCCGGUACUCUCGCGCCGCCCGGUGGCUUCCUCCGUCGCCAGAAAGAGGAGGACCAGAGCCGACCCGGCAGCCGCACCUCCUCCCUCGUCUCUCGCAAGCGGAAGCACAAGAAGUGGGACGACGGCAUUGGUCCCGGUGGCCCCGUCUCCCAAUCGGCCAUUUUCCCCAACCGACAGUCCAUGUCUCCCACUGAUGAGCAGGCCAACACUAGUCAGCCCACCACCGACUCGACUCUCAACGACAACAACGAGAAGUCAGAGCAGCUCCACGAUGAGCGCGACCACCAUGACGCCGACGAGAGCCCCAACUCUCCGCAACGCGUCAACAUUUACGAAGAAGGCCACCAUCUCGUUUUCGAAGACCAGCAGGGUGAAGUCAUUGACUCGGUCGAACUGGAUGCCGUUCCGAGCCCCGAGAAGGAGUCUCCCGCGGAACCCGGCCCCUCUGCUCAGUCUGGAGAAGAUGCAGGCUGGUCGCUGGGUGGUUUGCGUCGCCGCUUCAACGACAUGUACAGCCAAGAGGUCGAGAAGCGCAAAGACAAAUCAAAGCAGCCUCGAAGCCACGAACCUGCUCACGCUUACCAGUUUGGUAACCAGAUUAUUGUCGAAGACGCAGACGGCGAAGUUGUCAAGACAUUCCAGCUCCCAUCGUCCAAAUCCAGCCAAGAAUCUAGUGCCGUGUUAGGCUCGAGUCUCAAGUAUCUCGGCCUCGGCGCACUGGCACGACAGAACGAAAAGAACCCUCAGGCCGCCGCUGAAGAGGGCAAGGCUGGGGAAGACGAGCCCGCACCCGUUCGACCCAGGUGGACUGCCGUCCGUCGCAUGACUGGCACCGCGCCCGGCAAAAAGACGGAAAGCACCGACGACGACCACAAUAUUCGCUUCACCAUUGGCGGCGUUGGUCGACGCAUGAACAAGGAGGACUUUAUCAAGGAGGUGCAGAAGCUGGACACCAGUACGCGCAAAGACGUUGCCGAGCAGUCAACCGCCUCCCGGCCGAUCAAGGAAGUUGCCAAACGCAACCCCAAGUUUGUGCCGCCCACGACCCGCCCCAGCGUGCCGCAGAUUGUCGAGACGCGCGCCGACAGCAGUGACCGCUCGAAGCCCUCGGAAGAAUCAAGCACCCGCGGUCGUCCCGCAGUCAAGGAGACGCGGCCUUCACCGUCACCGCUCCCGAAGAGCGAGCAAGACGACCAGCGCGAGACGCCCGUCGAAAGACGCCGCCGUCUCGCCGUCCUCAGCCAGCAAGGCGAACGCAGCGGCAGCACGGCCGCCCAAGGCGAUGCCGGCGAGACACCGGCGGAGCGACGCCGUCGCGAGGCUGCCCUCGGCAUGGGCGACAGCGACGCCGACAGCGACUCGGACGACGAAGGUGGCGAGCGCGUGCCGCCCGCGCGUCGCGGGAUUCGCUUUGCCGAGCCGAGCAGACGUUGA